AGAUAAUGCUGGCUUGAAGUUAUUGUUAUUAGAUUCACAUCUAAGGCAUCAGAGCGCAUCAUGGCUUCAAUAAUGUGCAGCAGCUGACGAAUGUUUGGCAUCCGUACGCCUGGAAGUCUGAAAUCGGACUGUGUGUGCGUUUACAAUGUCCUUGUGGACGUUGUUGCAGGCAGUCCUCCUCUUUGUGAACGGGCUAGCAAUCCUGAACAAUGAGCGAUUUCUCGAAAAAUACGGCUGGGGAUUCUCUCAGAUGUCAGGAAAUAGCGGUAUUGGACCAGGUCCAGGGGCGAUAAAACAGCAAACGAUUGGCCUGCUCCAUGCUGUGGCAUAUUUGAGAGUACCCUUGAUCGCGGUGAAUGCUCUUGUGAUACUGGUGAAGCUUCUCUUUGGUUGAGGCCUAAGGAAUGGGAACUGUUGAAAACUUACUCUUCUACGAACAGCUUUUGAACAUUCGCCCAGGUAAUAUUGUAUAUUUGCAAAAGAAAACUUCUGAAGUUGCGAUAAGCACUCCAUCAAGUGAGUUCUAGGGUGGGAUCUGGACAUCAGAAGCAUUAGAAACGAGUCCCAAAUUGAUGCAGCGAUGUGCUGAUCAGUAGCUCAUGAGUAGCCAGUCUAGACCAGUGUAGCACCUUUAAUUUGAAACAAUCCAUUG